CACACAUCUGGAGGAAGUGAUAGGCAGAGCCUUCCCGGGACAGGAGCUCCCACUUCCCAGCGUCCUCGCCCUCUCCGUCCCGCACCGUCAUGCAGCUGCUCCUGCUGUGGGGCUGCCUCGUGCUCCCAGGUUAUGGAGCCCUGGUGGGCCCGAAGGAGAUCAGCGGGUUUGAAGGUGGUACUGCAUCCCUGAAUUGCUCCUAUGGGGAGGAGCUGAAGGAGCACAGAAAAUACUGGUGCAGAAGGGGCGGAAUCCUCAUCUCCCGCUGCUCCGGCACCAUUUAUGCGAGCAAGGACGGCCAGGAGAAGACGGAGGGCAGGGUCUCCAUCCGCGACAGUCCCCCAGAGCUCAGGCUCGCCGUGACCCUGAGGAACCUCACCCUGCAGGACGCGGGGACUUACUGGUGUGGGGUCAGCAAACUGGGCCUUGAUGAGACUCAUCUGGUUUCUCUGCUUGUCUUUCCAGGGCCCUGCUGUCCUCCCUCCCCUACUCCUUCCUUCCGGCCUCUUACUACAACAAGCCUCCAGCUCAAGGCCAAAGCUUGGCAAACUCAACCCCCAGAAUUGACUUCUCCUGGUCUCCACCCACGAGUCACCACAACCAAGCAAGGGAAGACAGGGGCCACGGCCUCUCCGUCCACAGGGCCCUCCCUGUCCGUGCACGUAGGAACCUCCCCGUACACAGGAAGCUCUCCCACAGGGACCCCUCCUGACGCAGCGACCCCUCCUGACACAGCGACCCCUCCUGACGCAGCGACCCCUCCUGAUGCAGCGACCUCUCCUCACUCAGGGAUCAGCUACCCAGCUACACAGCUGCACCCCACUUUGGCAAAGGGCACCGGCCCCAGCAGAAGCAGCUCUGAGCCCAGGGUGUCCAUCCCGAGGAUCCGCAUCCUGGCCCCGGUCCUGGUGCUACUGUCCCUUCUGCUGGCCACGGCCCUGGCCGCUCUUGGCAGCCACGUGCUCCGCAGGAGGAAGGAAGUUCAAAUGGCCGCGGAGACAGCAAGGAAAGAGAAGGUCGACUUCUUGAAGGAGCCCCCAGGAAACAGCUGGGUCCCGGAGUAUGCUGUGGUCAACCUUGUGGGGACCCCAGAACCCACUGCGCCUCAAGUUAGCCCCAAGCCCUCUACCAACCCUUCCACGGAGAUCCAGAGCCCAAGCCAGACCUCGGAGGUAGAAGAGGCCUCUGCCCAGGACCCCGAGGGGGACAGGACCACAGAGCCUCCAGCGGACGUGUCUGGGGAGGAGCCAGGCUUCCCCAGGUUCACCUCCGUGUAGCCCCGCAGCCCUCCGGCCAGGCGGGCCGUGAAGCC